AUGUCUAUUCAGUUAAGCGAGUCAUGUAGGCGCUCGUUACAGCACACUAAAGGCCUACGACACUCCUUAGAGGCUCUUCCACUACAAAAAGCAUGUAUCCCAACACGACGAACCACUAUCGAAAAAAAACUGCAAGUCCAAAAUAUCAGUCUUUUCAAUCGACCAACUAUUCAAUCGCAACAACUCUUAAAUUCAUCUUGGAAACCACUGACUCAGACCCGCCACUACCUAAAAGUGUCACCACAAUUGAAUUAUGAAGACCUUGAAUUGAAGAAAGACGUGGGGGCUGGGAUUAUCUCUGAACAACCUAUUCAUUCACAACCUAUUUCAGCCGAGGAUGCCAUUCAACAAUUCAACAGUCGCAUUGAACAAUGCAUCAACCAGGUUGAGGCCAAUACACCAUUGCAUUCAAUUGAAAUCAGUAACAUUUGGAAUUCUUACAAUGCAUUGCUCCAAUACAUGCCCAAAAUGCUCCUGUUAAAAACCGUCCCCUUGAAUUCCAAAAGUUUUGAACAACUCGUCUUGAUACUAGAAUCAAGAUCCCGAGAGACGCGCCACUCAAAAUGUUGGGUUAGAAUUGCUCAGGCCUAUGAGGACUCAAAAACCCUAAAUAUCAUUCCUAGCGUACGCAUGUCUUAUGCCGCCAUGACCGCUUACGGUAGAUCAGGGCGUUUAAAGGACGCAACCGAUAUCUUUGAGCGACUUAAUCCUAUUGUACCAAAGGCCGAGACUCAAAGAGGAGAGAUGCACGAACGAUACAUGGAAGCAUGCUUAAAUACUGGUGAAUUCGGCAAAGCAUUUCAAGUCCUUGUAGAAAUACGUCAAAACCAGGUCCAUUUUUCUGUUGCUUCUAGAUGUGUAGCACGGAGUGUGGAUGUUUACUUAAAAAAGAAAAACGUGCGACAAGCCAUUGCUGCUACAAAAUUGUUUACUGCCGCAGAACUUGGGUCAGAUCCAGUCUCUUUAAGGAAUAUUACAAAGAGUAUUUGGACAGCUUGUGUGGAUUUUAUGGAAGAGUACGGAAGUAUGUCAGUGUCAAAAGAAAGCUUGUCAUUCGAAAAUUUUGAUGUUGAGCCAUUCCUUGAUGAAUUUUCAAAGCAAACUCCCACUUUUGGAUUUCCUCGGCCCAUAGUCAAAAACACAUCUGGAUCUUACCAACAUGGACGCGAACUCUUCACUGCAAGUUCUUUACAGUUAUUGAUGAAUCUUUUGGCAAAUUCUCGGUCAGAUUUUAUACCAUCUAUUAGAGUGUAUGAUACUUUAUUGGAUAUCUAUGCUUUUGAAAAGGAUUAUGCGAGUGUGAAGGAUGUUCUUUGGUCAAUUCAGAAACAUCAUUUACAGCCUACUUCGCAGACUACAGGUCUCGUUCUACGCACUUUUAGCGACAAUCUGUCGACAGCAGAACUCCAAAAACUGUACAACACCUUUUCGAAAGAAGGAAAGCUCGACACGCCAAUAUACAGUGCAUUUAUUCACAUAUACUCCAAUAUAAACACAACUGGUCGUGCCGAACGUGUAGCUCUUGAGAUGAAGAAAAUGGGUUGUAACGUGACUACGGAUUUACACAUGGCUAUUGUACAGAGUCACGUACGUAAUGGGCGAGUGGACCGUGCGCUAUCUUGGCUAAAAACAUCCGAGUAUUUACAAACGUUGCGUAACCAAACUAAAUCUUUACGCACUACGAAUGAUUCAACAAUCCUGGACCCUUAUGCGGUGGUAAUGGAAGGACUGGUCAGUCAAUAUGACAUUCCCAGUUGCCUUGAAUUACACAAAUCGCUUAGUUCCGGACCUAUGAAAGCAGCUGUGGAAAUGAACCGACGCAUUUUUAAAGUUAUGGUAACAUUGGCGUGUGUGGAGAAAAACUGGAAUACAUGCGAAGCAUAUAUUACAAAGCGGAGUAUCGACAUCACCCCAAUCACAAUUUCGCGUAUGGUCAAUACACUUUUGAAUCUUAAGAAGGACAACAAAUAUACUAUGACAGGUGCAAAUAUUGUAAGGUCCUUACAAUCUAUGGAAUCAGCAGCCAGUAUGUUUGUCAGCGCGGAAAUUAUCUCUACCAUCAUACGAAAGUUAGGCGAACGUGGGCAGCAUGAAGACGCUUAUCAUUUAUAUAGAUGGGUACGAGGAGAAGUUGGUGUUGGUAAAGGAAUACGACUGGUUGGAUCAAAAGAACGAAGCUCGAAACCAGAUAUUUACCUGGCAAUGAUGCAAGCUGCUACAAUAAACAGCGAUAUUCGUCGAUCAGAGCGUGCUUCGGUUGACAUGGUUUAUAGAGCUCGUAUGCUUGCUCCAGGACCAAAAAACCCAAAUGGACGUGCGGCAAAGCGGCCACCUUCUUUGAACGACUACAAUAUGCUGCUGAAUGCCUAUGCCUCUCGAUUACCUACGCCCGAUAUAGCCCACACUAAGAAGACGUUUAAAAAGAUGCUCAAUUCUGGACUGGUACCAGACGUCGUCACUUACAACACACUCAUUAAAGCAUUUGUUAGUGCAGAUAAUUUAGAGGCUGCGAAUCAAAUAUUUUAUACCAUGCUUGAUGCCGGUAUAAAACCAGACGGUUGGACUGUGAAUACUAUUGUACAUGGUCUAGUUGGUAGAAAGGAAUGGAAUACGAUCGAUAAAUUUGUGAAGGGUUUGAAGAAUCAUGGGAUUUCAAUUGGUAUCGAUAUAGUUACUUUUAAUCUUAUUGUUCAAGGGUUCCUAUGUCUCGACUCAAACACCGUCAAUCAUAUCCGUGUUCUACGCACAAAUCAUCUAUGGUCAAAAUCAAGACAACUUGAAAAGGACCUAAAAUCAGCAUAUACCUUGAAAAGUUCUGUAAUCUGGGAGAUCUUUGAAGCUGCAAUUGGAAUUAAGCGUGAAGAGAUAGAAAAAGAGGCUACACGAGAGACCGUCCACAGAUUAUCAACAGAUCCGAUAAAAACUUUUGAUAUAUCUGACAAUCACAUCUUUUACAAAACACUUUAUCAACAAAUCCCUCGACAUCAUAAAUCCAGUGUAGAAAACACAUCCGAAGAUUCAUUAACUAGUUCUCAAGAUCAAGUUUCAGAUUUAAAGAAAGGCACAAUUUCAUCCAUGUUUACGAAAUCCAGGAGUCUACGAGAGCUGAAACCAGAUGCUGUAACAUACAAGCUAUUUAUGAAGGCCUUUGAAAGUGCGGGAGAUUAUGUAGCAGCAUCACAUAUCCACAUCUGGAUGACACGUAGAUUGUAAACAAGUCAACAACUCAUGAUACCUUUUUCCCCUCUACUUCUACUUUUAUUUCUACCUCUUCUCCUAUCUAUAAUUCUAUGCUUAGUUCUUAUUUAUUUCCUUCUUUUAUUCUUUCCUUAUACUUCCUUUUUUUUGCACUCUUGUACAUAGCUGUAAAUUUUGUUUUCAGGUGCAGUUUCUUUUUGUUGUAACCGUUAAAAAAAUAGAGAGACUAAUAUAAUGUGCUAGACAUUAUCCAAAGGGGACC